CCGGCUGGGGGCUCGCCGGGCGGGAGAGUUUCGGUAGCCGGGCGGGAGAUGCCGCGCGGGCUCCUUCUCCUCACAGAUCUGCAACCAACAUAAUGCUGAAGCUCCCAACGCGGAACAAGCAUUUCACAGAAUGGCACAAACGGAACCUAAUCUGGACCAUGACGUAUCAUGGUUCCUGCUUCCGUCAUACUGGGCUAAAAUGGUUGUGGCAUUAAUGUCCUUCCUCUGUUUUGCUAACAGCUAUGAUGGAGAUUUUGUCUUUGAUGAUUCUGAAGCCAUCAUCAAUAAUAAGGACCUCAGGGCAGAAACCCCACUUGGUGACCUGUGGCAUCAUGACUUUUGGGGUAGCAAACUCAGCAGCAAUACCAGUCAUAAGUCAUAUCGACCACUAACUGUCCUAACUUUCAGAAUUAAUUACCUUUUUGCUGGAGGCUUCUAUCCAGUUGGUUUCCAUGUCAUCAAUAUAAUACUGCAUUGUACUAUCUCAGUGUUGAUGGUUGAUGUGUUCUCGAUAUUAUUGGGUGGACUGCAAUUCAGUAAUAAAGGAAGAAGGCUAAACCUGGCUCCAAAGACAUCUCUUCUAGCUGCUUUGCUGUUUGCUGUACAUCCAGUGCACACUGAAUGUGUUGCUGGGAUUGUUGGCAGAGCAGACCUACUGUGUGCCCUGUUCUUUUUGUUGUCAUUCCUUGGCUACUGUAAAGCAUUUAGAGAAAAUAAGGAAGGACAUAAUUUUUCUAUAUUCUGGGUGCUGGUGAGUGUUAUCCUAGGUGCGAUAGCCAUGCUGUGCAAAGAACAAGGAAUUACAAUACUGGGUUUGAAUGCAGUGUUUGAUGCACUAGUGAUAAACAAGCUAAAUGUUUUGGAGCUUAUUCAAAAGUUACUACAUAAGGACAAGUCAUUGGAGAAUGCUGUGCUGUUAAGAAAGGGGCUGCUUUUCAGGAUAACUCUUCUGAUGUCUGGAGGGGCCAGUAUACUUUAUAUACGCUGGAGGAUUAUGGGCACAGGGCCACCGGCUUUCACUGAAGUAGACAACCCAGCUUCAUUUGCAGACAGUCUGUUUGUGAGAGCUAUAAACUAUAAUUACUACUAUUCCUUGAAUGCAUGGUUGCUGUUGUGUCCCUGGUGGCUGUGUUUUGAUUGGUCAAUGGGCUGCAUACCCCUCAUUAAAUCCGUCAGCGACUGGAGGAUAAUUGCACUAGCAGCACUCUGGUUCUGCCUAAUUGGUCUGAUAUGCCAAGCUCUGUGCUCAGAAGACAGCCAUAAGAGAAGAAUUCUUACACUGGGACUUGGAUUUCUUAUUAUCCCUUUUCUUCCUGCAAGUAAUCUGUUCUUCCGAGUAGGAUUUGUUAUUGCAGAGAGAGUAAUCUACCUCCCCAGUAUUGGAUAUUGUAUUCUGUUUACAUAUGGAUUUAGUCUCUUGAGUAAGCAAGCCAAGAAAAAGAAAAUUCUUGCUGUGGCAGUACUUGGAAUCUUGUUGAUAAAUGUUAUGCGCUGUGCGCUCCGCAGCAGUCAGUGGAGGUCAGAAGAGCAGCUUUUUAGGAGUGCACUGUCAGUGUGCCCUCUGAAUGCAAAAGUGCACUACAAUGUUGGCAAAAACCUGGCUGACAAAGGAAAUCAAAGUGCUGCAAUCAAAUACUACAGAGAAGCUGUAAGGUUGAAUCCUAAAUAUGUACAUGCCAUGAACAACCUUGGAAAUAUUCUGAAAGAAAGAAAUGAGCUCCAAGAAGCAGAGGAGUUGCUGUCCUUAGCUGUACAAAUACAACCUGAUUUUGCUGCUGCAUGGAUGAAUCUAGGAAUAGUACAGAACAGUUUAAGAAGGUUUGAAGAGGCAGAGCAAAGCUACUGGACAGCAAUUAAACACAGGAAAAAAUAUCCAGAUUGUUACUACAAUUUAGGGCGGUUGUAUGCAGAUUUGAAUCGCCAUGUAGAUGCAUUGAAUGCAUGGAGGAAUGCUACAGUUCUGAAACCAGAGCAUAGUUUGGCUUGGAACAAUAUGAUUAUAUUGCUUGAUAACACAGGCAAUCUAGCUCAAGCAGAAGCAGUUGGAAGAGAGGCCCUGGAAUUAAUACCUAAUGAUCAUUCCCUCAUGUUUUCAUUGGCAAAUGUACUGGGGAAAUCGCAAAAAUACAAGGAAUCUGAAGCUUUGUUCCUCAAGGCAAUUAAAGCCAAUCCAAAUGCUGCCAGUUAUCAUGGUAAUUUGGCUGUGCUUUAUCAUCGCUGGGGAAAUCUUGACUUAGCAAAGAAGCACUAUGAAGUCUCUCUGAAGCUUGAUCCUAUGGCACCUGGGACCAAGGAAAACUACAACCUCUUAAGACGAAAACUGGAGCAAUUGCAAAAGAAAGGCAGUGCCUGA